UUAUGAGUAAAAUAUGAACGUUUGCGAAUUUUCCUUUCCUAUUAAAAUGGGUGCAACACCUGGUGGUAUUUAUAACCGCUGCGUAGAACGAGCUGAACAGCAGUUGAACACCGUCUUCGGUGCUGGAUUGUAUAGUCCGAUUGAACAUGCAAAAGAUUACAUUACCGGUCGUGUGCUUCUUGCUGUUGGUCUUGAUUCAAUGCAGUGUCGACGCAAGUAAGGCCACGAAACAAGACAAAGGAAUCGAUUUUAGUAAGACCUAUGACGGAGAAGACAAUGAAAAUGGAAAAGGUCAGCGUCAGAAAAUUCAUCACGAGAAACUCGUAAUUGGAGGACGCAAUGACAGUAACAUUACCGAUGGAAUCAGCUCUUUCCAAUCACGAACAGGUGUUCCGUUACAAACACCUUAUUCCCCACAAGGAGGUGGAUCCGGUGGGUAUGGAGGAUCGAUAGGAAAUGACGAUGUUGUUUAAAUCUUUCAGAUGCUACUGUCCGGUACUGAACUUUUCCAGUAGUUGUUCUUCGUAAAUAUUUCUGUUUACAAAUCGUAAGAAUUGAAAUUAUCAUUUUUGUUAUUAUUAAAAGAGAACUAUUCAAACACAGUCGUCUACUUUCUUUGUAAAAGCUGUGAUUUUUCAUCAUCCGCAACCGAAUAAAGGUAUGGCUGUGAUUAUAGUUAACAUGUUCUGGAUCCUUACAGAAAUAAGGAUUUGCGAUAGGAUUUUUUUUUGUUUUAUGUAGGACAAGAAGUAACCUCAAAUUAUUUACCUUCGUGUUUAAACAACCUAUGCCGAUCGAAUUCAUCUCCACAGCUCCAUUGUAUUACAGUCGGCUUUCUUGCAUUCACACGUAUGCAAAUUGGAUUGUCAUCUUGUUUACUUUAAGCACGGUCCUCAUUUUGAUGUACCGUGCAAACCCGUUCCACUUUUAUGAUAAAGAAAGAUGUAAUAUGACAUCGCACCUUCUCUUUCGUUACGCAGCAUCCUUAAACUUCGUGUUAGUUCAACACCGUAUCUAAAAAGGGGGCAGGUGUAAAUGUGCAUGAUCGAAUAGCCUCUUCUUCGGCUUGCUGCAAAGAGAAGAACGAGAUUGAGAGAAAGUUUGAAUGUACAAGUAAAAAAAAAAAAGGA